AUGACCGACCCAUCAUAUAAUGCACAGUCAUUUAAUCAGUCUAUCCACUUGCCAUUAAAUGGUGAUAUAAUUCCAGAGGUAGGAUUACAUUAUGAAAGGAAAGCUGACGCUGAAAGCCCAGCGGCUUAUACAACACUUAGAAAUGCUAGUCCUAAUGAAUUCUUGUUAAAUGACCCUCCUUCAUCAAUUAACUCAUUUAACGCUUCACAAAACCCCACACUAUUCUCAAAAAUUAACUUGGAAGAUGAACCUAUGAAAGCUGUGGAAUAUCCCAUUUCUCAGUUGCGAUUUGGGAAACAAUUUGGACAAGGUGUUUUUGGACCGGUUUAUAAGGCUGAACUACUACCGAAUAGUGCUUAUGAAAAUGGUCAUCCAAUUUCAGUUAUUGUAAAAACCUUAUCAGCUGGUUCACCUGCCAGUUUACAAGCAAAUUUUCGCAGAGAAGCUAAUUUAAUUUCUGAAUUAGAUCAUCCAAAUGUACUUAGUCUUCUUGGGGUUAGUGUACAACACCCACCAUGGUGUAUGAUAUUUGAAAUUCGGCAGUAUCUUGAUUUAUGUGAAUUAUUAUCUUCAAGAAGAUCUAUGAUUAAUCAAAUAAAUUUAACAAAUGUAAAUUAUCCUAAUGGUGUGACAUGUAAUUUGCCAAAUCCUCUUAGUGAAUCAGAAAUUUGGAGAGUAUUAUCUCAAGUUGCUGCUGGAAUGGAUUAUUUAUCUAGUCAUCGUUUCGUUCAUCGUGAUUUAGCUGCAAGAAAUGUGAUCAUUUUAAAUGAGCAAUUAUUUUGUAAAAUUACUGAUCUUGGCUUAGCACGUGAUUGUUAUGCAGCUGAUUAUUAUCGUUUACAUCCUCAUAGUCUUAUGCUACCGAUUCGAUGGAUGCCACUUGAUUCAAUUAUCUAUGGUAAAUUUACUAUUGAAUCAGAUAUUUGGGCAUUUGGUGUAUUGAUGUGGGAAGUUUGGUCUGGUGGUAUGAGACCAUAUUCUGCAUAUUCUGAUCCAGAAGUUUUAGAUUUGAUACGUUCUAGACAAUUAUUAUCAUGUCCACAACAUUGUUCAACUAACAUCUAUAUGUUUAUUACUAGUUGCUGGAAUGAAGAAAUUGAAAGACGUCCAACAUUUAAAGAUUGUUUAAAUCAAAUACAAAAUUGGUAUUCAGAUGCAUCCGUUAUACCAUCAUUAUAUUCGAGUGAACAAGUAUUCUCUUAUUCUCAGAUUAUAGAUAACAAAAUUGAUUUUGAACAGUUAAAUAAUGCUACUAACAAUAGUAUCAAUGGAACAGAAAGUCUAUCAGAGACUUCAAAAUCCAACUUAUCAGUACGUCAAACAUGCCCGGGAACAUUUAAUAUAAACAAUCAUUUUACUUAUCCCAAAGAUUAUUUAAGUAAAAUGUAUACUGCAGAUCCUUUUGAAUUAUUUCAUCCAUCAAUAAAUACUCCUAAUACAACGAUUAAUAAUAAUAGUAAUUCUAUUAGUCAAUAUCAUAAUUCUAGUCCAGAUAAUACAAUAAUGAAUGGUAAAUUUGCAUCACAAACACAAACACAAUUACCAAUCUCAAAUAUAUCAAAUAAUUCAAAUGGAAUUCAAGAAUCAAGAAAUGAUCAUUGUAAAUCAUCUAAUGGAUUAGGUAUUCGAUUAUUACCAAAUACAACUACAAUGUUUAUUCCUACACUAAAUUCUGUUAGUUAG